AUGGGCCAUCAUCGCCUCAUGGUCUUCAUGCAGAAUGUGAUCCUCGUCGUGGGGCCGGGUCGCGGUGAGGAGCGUGCCGCCGAUUGGAACUUCGAGGAUGUCUUGGCCUCCAAAAGCAAGACCGUGAAGUUGGCGUGCAAGGCUAUCGAGCCCUUUGCCAAGCCUCGCAAGAAAGACAAAGGCCCAGAGGACAAGGCUGCCCAAGGCAGUGUUCGGCACCAGACACAGGUGGGUUCAAGCUGGAUCCGCCGGAAGCUGACAAAGUUGCUGAGAGACAUUCUCAAUAACGGAAUGCAGAUUUGCAUCCACGACUUCGAGAUCCGCUACGAAGACGAUACAUCUGGAAUCUGCGGACCUUAUCGGAUCGUAGGCUGGACAUGGCUGGACAUUGAUUAG